AUGAAAUCAAUAUUUAUGUCUACUCCAUAUUUUUGUUUCAUUUUAGUUCCAUUACGUGCAAGUUUCAUUGAUAUUCAUCCGAAUGCAACAUGGUCAAAGGAUGGUAUCACUGUUGCUGGAGUAAAUAGACCAGGCAGUAGAACCAAUCAACUCUAUGCCCCAUUGGGUUUGUACGUCGACGAUGAUCAAACGAUUUAUGUAGCUGAUCAACGUAAUAACCGUAUUGUGGAAUGGAAAUCUGGUGCAACGAAUGGCACGGUGGUUGCUGGUGGAAAUGGAGAAGGAAAUGGAGCUCAUCAAUUACAUUUCCCACGAGAUGUGAUUAUCGACAGAGAGAGCGAUAGUCUCAUCAUCAGCGAUUAUGAGAAUAAAAGAGUAGUUCGUUGGCCUCGUCGAAAUGGUACUCGUGGAGAAACAAUUAUUUCCGAUAUCGCUUGCGUUGGUUUGACAAUGGAUGACAAUGGUUUUCUCUAUGUCGCUGACGCUGAAAUACAUGCAGUGAGACGAUAUAAAAUUGGUGACACUAAAGGAACGGUGGCUGCAGGUGGCAAUGGAAAAGGAACUCGUCUCGAUCAACUCUUCAAUCCCCACUACGUAUUUGUCGAUCGAGAUUAUUCAGUUUAUGUGUCUGAUUGGAAGAAUAAUCGUGUAAUGAAAUGGAAAGAAGGUGCAACACAAGGCAUUGUCGUAACCGGUAGUCAAGGACAAGGAAAUAGUCUUACACAAUUGCAUGAACCUGAAGGACUCGUUGUCGAUCAAUUGGGUACUGUCUAUGUGGCUGAUCAUUGGUAUCAUCGAAUCAUGCGUUGGCCAAAAGGAGCCACACAAGAAAGUGUCAUUGUUGGUGGAAACGGCGCAGGAGCAAAGUCGAAUCAACUCAAAGUUCCUAUAGGUUUAUCAUUCGAUCGACAUGGCAGUCUCUAUCAGAGAUGUUGA